UGCUGUACAGUGUACCGCCGCUGGGAUACCGAAUGCGGUGUGAGUUGGAGCUGUUGGACCGUUUGGUAACAUUUGGUGCUUAGAGAAAACCUAAACGUACGGGUGCUCAGGUUGUUUGCAGCAAGUAUGGACGACGCUGAUGCCUCAUUUGAAGACGAAGAACGCGAACGAUCAGUGGACUGUCAACCAUUGCAACAUCAGCGUCGAGAAGAAAUGUUGGACGACGCGUUGGCUGCUGCUGAUUCAGGGAAAGCGAUGUAUCUGGCGUUUGUUGUGAUCGGUUCCGGCUUCCUGUUUCCCUACAACAGCUUCAUCACUGCAGUCGACUACUUCCAAGCCAUAUAUCCAAGCAAGAGAUACGAAUUCUUCGUGACUCUGGUCUACUUCUAUACGACGUUGUGUGCUGUCUUCUUGAGUAACGUCGUUCUGCGAGUAGUUGGACUCGAGUCACGUAUUCGUGUGAGUUAUGUCCUUUUCUGCUUUCCUCUGGUGACCGUCAUGGUGCUGACUUCAGUUAUUAGUAACGAGGGCACUGACACCACUUUUGCUGUGACCAUGAUUGGGAUUGUUGUUGUGUCAUUUGCUGGGGGAAUUCAGCAAGCCAGUUAUUAUGGAUUUACUGGGAUGUUGCCUCGAAAGUAUACACAAGCAAUUAUGACUGGAGAAAGUGUUGCUGGUCUUGCUGUUUCCAUUGACAGACUUAUUACCAAGGCAGCAUUUUCAUCUUGCAGAACCAGUGCUUUGGUAUUUUUUGGCAUUGCAUUGGUGUUCAAUAUUGUCUGUGCUGCACUGUAUGAAUUUGUCCAACGCACAUCAUUUGUUCAACAUCAUCUAAUGACAUGCCACAGUGUGCAUGAUCAUGUUGGAGUCUAUCGAUCAUUGCGUGCCGAAAAUGUGACAGAGCUGCAAGUGUAUUCUGGUACACAGAGUAAUGAUGCUGAUUGUAUUCAGCUAGAUAAACACAAUACUACUAGUGAAUUAUCUGGUAGAUUUGGACUACUACUCAAUAAACUUGGAGAAGGUUGGCAAAUUAGAAAACAUGUUAUUCGGAGGCUUUGGCAUCUUAUGCUGACAAUCAGUGUUGUCUAUUUUGUUACUCUGUUGCUCUUUCCUGGACUGCUAAGUGAAGUAAAAGGACCUGCUUUUCGAGAUGAUUGGCUGCCAGUAAUACUGAUUGCAAUCUUCAACCUGUUUGACUUCGUUGGCAAAGUGUUUGCAAAUUGGCAUUAUAAAUGGAAGGAAGGACAUUUAAUUGCCAUCAGUUUGGCCCGUUUUGUGUUGAUCCCACUAUUGGUGCUGUGCAUCGUACCGUGUCAGUCACCAGCCUUUGGAUCUGCAAGUGAAUAUGUUGCGAUGGCUUUGGCAGCAACUAUUGGAAUAACAAACGGCUACUUUGGAUGCAUGGCUAUGGUGCUAUCUCCAUCGAGAGUUGAGUCAACGUUAAGGGAAGUGGCAGGGAAUUUAAUGACACUCAUGUUAUUGUUGGGUCUCACAGCUGGCGCCACAAUGGCUUUCCUCCUCAACCAUCUCACAAGCUCAGAGGAAGGCAGUCUAUGUUACAACAGCAACGCCACAGUCAUGAACAAUUCUACGUGCUAGAGAUUGUAUACGUUUUUUAUAUUACUAUUUAACUCCAAACUUUAAAAUAUAUUGCUGUAUUGUACUGUACGCAUUUGAUGUGCAAACUGUAACGGGUGUGUAGA